CAUUGUAACGCUAAGGUGGACAAUACCUUAAAACUAGUAAAGGGGAAAAUCACAAUUUAUCUUCAAAGAAUUGAGCUCUCCUUGACGAUCCUCGUGAUAACAAAAGAAACAUUCUCUUUUUUUUUUUAAUGAAAGAAAACUGGGUUGUAUUAAUAAAAUAAACAGAAUCUUAAAACAAAAUCAGCCCGUUUGGCCAUGAAAGGCCUGUCAGACUUUGCAAAACAAAAAAUAAUAAAAAACAUGAAAAGGCAACCCAGCAUUAAUGAGCUGUUAUUUCCUAUAAGUAUUUACAGCUCCAGGAGAAGAACAAAAGAAUAGUAACCAUUAAGCUUUCUUCUUCAAAUCAUAAACCUGUUGGAAUCUUCACCCCCAACCCGAUCAAUUUCUGCCUCUGUGACUCCCUCAUCACCUGGUCCAUGAGUAAGAUCCCUUCCUAAGAUAACCGCCUGUAAACAUGCAACGGCCUCAGCUGCAAACCCCGUAGGUCCACUGCUGCAUCGAAGUUGAUUUUGUAGAAACGUUGAAUCGGGGGCCUCCAUUCUACACUUAUCGGGCUAAAGCCGACCAGAUAGCCCAGAUGGUGCGAAGAAAGUAUCGACAGAUAUCAGUACUGCUGUUUUGCACGAACCAGGCAGAGAAGUAAUAUAACUUUGUGAGCCAUGGAGCCAGUUGACAUGGAGGAGGAUAUUUCUCAACUACUCCCUGCUGAUCCUCUCCCUUUUGCCAGAAGCUACCAGCUUGAAGCAUUAGAGAAAGCUAUCAAGCAAAACACAAUAACUUACUUGGAAACUGGAUCUGGCAAGACAAUGAUCGCCAUCAUGCUUCUCCGCAGCUAUGCUUAUCUUAUCCGCAAGCCCUCACCCUUUUUCGCUGUGUUCUUGGUUCCCAAAGUUGUUCUGGUGAAACAACAAGCUGAUGCUGUGGAAAUGCAUACGGACUUGAAUGUUGGAAAGUAUUGGGGAGAUAUGCAGGUCGACUUUUGGGAUGGGGAGAAGUGGAAACAAGAAAUAGAUAAAUAUGAGGUGCUUGUGAUGACACCUCAAAUUUUACUUGAUGGAUUGAGGCAUAGCUUCUUCAAGAUAAACAUGAUAAAGGUUUUGAUAAUUGAUGAAUGCCAUCAUGCCCGAGGAAAGCAUCCUUAUGCCUCUAUUAUGAGAGAAUUCUAUCAUCGCCCGUUAGAAGCUGGUGCAUCUAAUCUUCCUAGGAUUUUUGGGAUGACUGCUUCUCCUAUAAAUUCAAAAGGGGCAAACUCUGCUGAUAGCUAUUGGCAGAAGAUCCAUGAAUUGGAGACUAUUAUGAACUCAAAGGUGUAUACAUGUGUAAGUGCAUCAGUGCUUGCUCAGUUUGUUCCAUUUGCGACUCCAAAGUUCAAGUUUUACCAACAUAUGGCAAUUCCAAAUGUUUUAUAUUCACACUUGGUAGAGGAAUUGACUGUUUUGAAAGUAAAGCAUGAAUGUUCGUUGGAUAAUUUGGAUCUUGAAGCUUCUGCAGCAGAAUCUACAAGAAAGAAACUAUCAAAGAUACAUUCAGCUUUAAUACAUUGUUUAUAUGAGCUUGGUGCUUGGUUGGCUCUGAAGGCUGCAGAGUGCUUUUCAUGUUAUGAAAGUGAGCUUCUUAUGUGGGGGAAAUUGGAUGUCUUUGGCGAGAAAAUUAUUAGGAGCUACAGCGUGGAUGCUUUUCGUGCAAUUGAAACAUGCAUGCCAUCUGGUCUGGAUUGGACCAUAGCUAAUGAUGUUAAAGGCAGUGUGGCUGCUGGGUUUCUUACCACAAAAGUUUUAUGCCUUAUUGAAUCUUUAUUCGAAUACAGGGUGUUGAAGGACAUAAGAUGUAUAAUUUUUGUUGAGAGGGUUAUAACAGCUGUUGUGCUACAAUCGCUAUUCAGUGAAUUGCUUCCCAGGUACAGUAAUUGGAAGACUAAGUACAUUGCGGGAAAUAACUCUGGAUUGCAGAAUCAGACAAGGAAAAAACAAAAUGAAAUUGUAGAAGAAUUCCGCAAAGGCAUGGUUAACAUAAUCGUUGCAACUUCAAUUCUUGAAGAAGGCUUGGAUGUUCAAUCAUGCAACCUAAUUAUCAGAUUUGAUCCUUCACCAACAAUUUGUAGUUUCAUACAGUCUCGAGGACGUGCUAGAAUGCAGAACUCAGAUUAUCUAUUAAUGCUGAAGAGCGGGGAUUUUUCUACACAUUCUCGACUGAAGAACUAUCUUACUAGUGGAGAUGUAAUGAGAAAGGAAUCUUUAUGCCAUGCAUCAUAUCCUUGUUCUGCUCUUUGUGAGGGCUUAGAUGAUGAAGAGUUUUACCAUGUUGCGAGUACAGGGGCAUGUAUGACUCUUAGUUCUAGUGUUGGUCUAAUGUACUUCUAUUGCUCACGUCUCCCUGCAGAUGGGUAUUUUAAACCUAUUCCGAGGUGUGUUAUAGACAAGCAAAUGGGGCUUUGCACCCUCCUUCUACCCAAGAGUUGCCCUAUACAAACUUUUUGUGUUCAGGGUGAUAUAAAAAACAUAAAGAAAAAAGCAUGCUUUGAAGCAUGCAAGAAACUCCAUCAAAUUGGUGCUUUAACAGACAAUCUUGUUCCUGAUAUUGUUUUUGAAGAACAUGAUGUGGAAGAAAUUGAAAAGGAGCCCUAUAAUGAUGAUCAACCUAUUUUCUUUCCACCUGAACUAGUAAAUAAGGGUUCACUGGACUCCAUGACAAAGUACUACUGCUACUUAAUGGAGUUGAAGCGGAACUUUGAUUAUGAGGUUCCUGUUCAUAACAUCAUGCUUCUUGUCAGGAAUCAGUUUGACAUGGAUGAAAAAAGUGUGAAUAUUGAAUUAGAAGUUGACAGGGGCACAUUAACAGUUAACAUGAAAUAUAUUGGACUAAUACGUCUUAAUUCUGACCAGGUUAUCUUAUGUAGAAGGUUUCAGCUUGCAGUUUUUCAAGUACUUAUGGAUCGUAAAGCUGAAAAGUUGGCAGAGGUGUUAUGUGACCAUACCUUGGGGAAUAAUUCUGAAAUUGAUUAUCUACUCCUCCCAUCAAAUUAUGUGGGCCAGAGUCCUCUGAUUGAUUGGUUGUCAGUUACUUCUGUCACAUUUUCUUAUGAAAAGGCCUGCAAGAAUCAUGUGAACUGCAAUGCUGAUAUGAUACAGAUCAAAAGCGGUCUGGUGUGCACUUGCAUGAUCCAAAAUUCUUUGGUCUCUACUCCUCAUAAUGGUCAUGCUUAUAUUAUCAGUGGUCUUUUAACUAAUAUAAAUGCAAAUUCACUUUUGAGGUUGAGUGAUGGACGCGUAAUGACUUACAAGGAGUUUUAUGAAAAACGCCACGGUAUCAAUUUAUGUUAUAGUCAAGUCUCUUUCCUUGCUGGGCGACAUAUUUUCCCGGUGCAAAAUCACAUUCAAAGGUGCAGAAAACAGAAAGAGAAAGAAUCAAGUAACUCAUUCGUAGAAUUGCCUCCUGAGCUUUGUUGUGUAGUAAUGUCUCCCAUAUCGAUCAGCACAUUUUAUUCUUUCACAUUUCUUCCAUCAAUCAUGCAUCGACUCGAGUCUUUGCUCCUUGCUACCAGCUUGAAAAAGAUGCAUUUGGAUCAUUGCGUGCAAAAUGUUGCCAUUCCAACCAUGAAGGUUUUGGAGGCAAUUACUACCAAAAAGUGCCUAGAAAACUUUCAUUUGGAAUCACUAGAGACUCUUGGUGACUCUUUCUUGAAGUAUGCUGUUUGUCAACAGCUUUUCAAAAAAUAUCAAAAUCAUCACGAGGGCCUUCUUAGUAUUAGGAAGGAAAAAAUUAUUUCAAAUACAGCUCUGUCCAUGCUAGGAUGUGACAAGAAACUUCCGGGGUUUAUCCAUGAUGAGCCUUUCGAUCCCAAAGACUGGAUGAUUCCUGGAUAUAAUUGUGGAAGUUACUCAUUAAAUGAGGAAACACUGUGUAAUGCAAAAAAAAUAUAUGUUAGAGGAAGAAGAAAGCUGAAGUUUAAGAAGGUUGCUGAUGUUGUUGAGGCACUUAUUGGUGCAUACCUUAGCACGGGAGGCGAAGCAGCUGGAUUACUAUUUUUGGAUUGGAUCGGUAUAAGUAUUAAUUUCACAAAUAUACCAUAUGAAAGACAUUUUAAAGUGCGGGCCGAGAAGUUUGUUAAUGUCCAGCACUUUGAGUCCCUUCUACACUAUUCAUUCCAAGACCCUUCUUUGUUGGUGGAAGCAUUAACCCAUGGUUCUUAUAUGCUUGCUGAAAUUCCAGGAUGUUAUCAGCGGCUGGAAUUUCUAGGGGACUCCGUUUUAGAUUAUCUUAUUACUCUGCAUUUAUAUAAUAAAUAUCCUGGGAUCACGCCAGGAUUAUUAACGGAUCUUAGGUCAGCAUCUGUUAACAACAAUUGCUAUGCAUUAUCAGCUGUAAAGGCUGGAUUUCAUAAGCACAUUCUCCAAAGUUCACAGAAGCUUUACAAGGAUAUAAAAGAAAUCGUUGAAAGUUUUCAGGAAUUAUCGUUGGAAUACACUUUCGGCUGGGAAUCUGAAAAAUCUUUCCCCAAGGUACUCGGUGACGUGAUGGAGUCACUUGCUGGAGCUAUUUUUGUUGAUUCAGGAUACAAUAAGGAAAUCGUAUUCCAGAGUAUAAGGCCACUGUUGGAGCCCAUGAUUACUCCGGAGACUCUGACGGUUCACCCUGUCAAAGAGCUAUAUGAGCUGUGUCAAAAGGAGCAUUAUGAACUAAGAAAACCCAUUGUUUCACAUGAGGAUGGUAUUUCUUCUAUUACGAUAGAGGUUGAAGCAAAUGGGAAGGUAUUCAAGCGCACAUCCACAGCUUGUGAUAAGAAGAUGGCCAAGAAACUGGCUUUCAAAGAAGUUUUGAAGUCUCUAAAGGGAGCAAAUUUCAGCUAGAUUUUGCGUUUGACUUGAGCGGAGAUUGAACAUAUUGCCUUGCAGUAGCUUUAGCAAAGCUUGAAAACAUAGGUGACUGAUGUUCAUUAAAUUAACUAUAAUUAUGACAGAGGUAAGUGCACUUAUUAAAUAAUAGUAUAAUUAUGGUAA